GGAGAAAGAACAUGGCGGGCGCAGCGGGGCCCGGGGCCGGUCCAGGUGCAGCCGGCGGAGAUGGAGAUGAUUCUCUCUACCCGAUCGCGGUUUUAAUCGACGAGCUCCGCAAUGAGGACGUGCAGCUCCGUCUCAACAGUAUCAAGAAGUUAUCGACUAUUGCUCUAGCACUCGGGGUGGAAAGGACUCGAACUGAACUGCUGCCUUUCCUUACAGAUACAAUUUAUGAUGAAGAUGAGGUGCUGUUAGCGCUCGCUGAGCAGUUGGGAAAUUUCACCGGUUUGGUGGGAGGUCCUGACUUUGCCCAUUGUCUGCUGCCUCCUUUGGAAAGCUUGGCUACUGUGGAGGAGACUGUUGUUCGAGACAAGGCUGUAGAGUCCCUGAGGCAGAUCUCUCAGGAGCACACUCCCGUUGCACUCGAAGCUCAUUUUGUACCUCUGGUGAAACGCCUGGCAAGUGGGGAUUGGUUCACCUCUCGCACAUCUGCGUGUGGUUUGUUCAGCGUUUGCUAUCCCAGAGCUUCCAAUGCUGUCAAAGCAGAAAUUCGACAGCACUUCCGUUCCCUGUGCUCAGAUGACACACCAAUGGUGCGACGUGCUGCUGCUUCCAAAUUGGGUGAAUUUGCAAAAGUUUUGGAAUUAGACAGUGUGAAAACUGAAAUUGUUCCAUUGUUCACGAAUCUAGCUUCAGAUGAACAGGAUUCUGUGCGCCUGCUAGCUGUGGAAGCUUGUGUCAGUAUUGCCCAGUUACUGUCUCAGGAUGACCUUGAGGCCUUGGUAAUGCCUACACUUCGGCAAGCAGCAGAAGAUAAAUCUUGGCGGGUUCGCUAUAUGGUAGCUGACAAAUUUUCAGAGCUCCAGAAAGCAGUGGGCCCCAAAAUCACGCUCAGUGACCUCAUCCCCGCUUUCCAGAGCCUCCUUAAGGACUGCGAAGCUGAGGUCCGAGCAGCCGCUGCCCAUAAAGUAAAGGAACUUUGUGAGAACCUGCCCACUGAAGGUAGAGAGACCAUAAUUAUGAAUCAAAUCCUGCCCUAUAUAAAGGAAUUAGUGUCUGAUACCAAUCAACAUGUGAAGUCAGCUCUAGCUUCUGUAAUUAUGGGAUUAUCUACAAUUUUGGGUAAAGAGAAUACCAUUGAACAUCUUCUGCCUCUUUUUUUAGCUCAGUUAAAGGAUGAGUGUCCAGAAGUUCGUUUGAAUAUCAUCUCCAAUUUGGAUUGUGUAAAUGAAGUGAUUGGAAUUCGUCAGCUCUCUCAGUCUCUCCUUCCUGCCAUAGUGGAGCUGGCUGAAGACGCCAAGUGGAGGGUGCGCCUAGCUAUCAUUGAGUAUAUGCCGCUGCUGGCAGGCCAGCUGGGUGUGGAGUUUUUUGAUGAGAAGCUGAAUUCUUUGUGUAUGGCCUGGCUUGUGGAUCAUGUUUAUGCCAUUCGGGAAGCCGCCACCAACAACCUCAUGAAGUUGGUCCAGAAGUUCGGUACCGAGUGGGCCCAGAAUACCAUCGUCCCUAGAGUGUUAGUGAUGGCAAAUGACCCUAAUUACUUGCACAGAAUGACCACUUUAUUCUGCAUCAAUGCACUGUCUGAAGCCUGUGGUCAGGAAAUAACCACUAAGCAAAUGUUGCCCAUCGUGUUGAAAAUGGCAGGAGAUCAAGUAGCAAAUGUCCGUUUCAAUGUGGCCAAGUCACUACAGAAAAUUGGACCAAUUCUAGAUACCAAUGCCUUGCAGGGGGAAGUGAAGCCAGUGCUGCAGAAGCUAGGCCAGGAUGAAGACAUGGACGUCAAGUAUUUCGCACAGGAAGCUAUAAGUGUUCUUGCCUUGGCAUAAAGAGGAACAGGAGGGAAAAGCCUUUACUAAAUUCUUAAUCCCAGAUCUCUACUCAAUGUGUUCUUACACUGGGUGGAGAAAAAUGGAAACCUUCAAGAUAUCAUCCAAGCAAAUGGCAACAACUUAGAAGAAAUCAGAUUUCAGUGACUUGAUGCUUUGUAAACAUGAACUGAGACUGACUUGAUGUCUCUGUCGGGAUAACUUGAAAGCCUUUCUUACUGACCAGUUGCUGACACUCCCUCAAAGUCCCCUUGAGUGUCUCCCAGGGUUUUCUUCAAGCACCAUUGAGGCUCUGCCUCCUCCCUUUUGAAUCAGGCCCCAGCCACAUAAGAUUCCAGACAGAGCCUGGAUGGAUUUGGACCCCGACAUGGAGUGGAGUGACUCUCUUACUGUUUACACGUUAUCUCUAUGCCUCUAGCUUUCCAAUGUUAAAACUAAAUGGUUUAGAAUAACUUACUUAUAAUUAUCUGUUUGGGAGAUAAUACUGAGAUUUGACUGUAGUGAAAGCCACAUCUUUCUGGUUAUGGAAGGUUAAUGUAUUGGUUGUUCUGGUGUUCGUUUGCUAAGUUUUGACUGUAAUCAUGUCAUGCAGAAGCCUGAAGUGGGUAUAUGUUGCUGCUAAUGUGUGAUGUUGAAAGGUAUCGAUUUCAACAGCUCAGCACUGUGACUGCCUUCAAAAACUCUCAUAAGAAACUUUAGUGCCCCCUACUAAGCUAUGGUUCUACUGCUUCAUUGUGAAGUUUUGUGUUUCAAGUAAGUGUAGGAACCACUGCACUGUCCCUGGUUCUGCCUCCAUCGAUGUUAGCAUCUUGCUGUUGCUACACUGCACAGUACCAAACUGAAGUUUUGCGCUCAGUGUUUUCUUGUGGUGUCGGUGAUGCUGGACCAUUUUUCUACUCUUGCACUGAAACUUCAUUAAUUUGUCCUGAACUUUAAGGUAGUAGGUAAAGCUGAAGUGUUUGCUGAUGCAAAUAGUUUAUGGAAAGCUGCUUGACACCAUUUUUAGAAAGCACCGGCUCAUCAGUGGGUACGCUGGUUGCCAAUCACCGUGUUCAGUUAUAGCCCACUCCUUCCAUGAGCAGCUCGACAGGUCCCACCUCUCUGAUGACUUCUGGGUGAUUUAAAUGGUUUUCAUCUAAUAGACUCCUUUUCUCCAGUGGACUUAGUUAAUGAGGUUUUACUGCAGCCUGUUUUUUCUCAGUGCAUCUCGCCAUGUAGUUUGGUGUUUUCCAUUUUGGUUUCUGAAUUGUUGAUUUUACUUACAAACUCUUUUAGAUAUAACAAGCCCUGUUGUGUUUUCUGAGGGCCCAAAGAUACCUACAAAACUUUGUACAUUAAACAUAAGUUACAUAAAACCAA